GUAAGUUGACGACAACCUGGACCUGGACUUAAAAUCUGAGAGAAGACAAGGCUACCCGGCAAACAGAAAGCUGCAGUGAUGAUGAAGGGGUUCAUGUCUGUACUCUUGGUCCUGGUGGCUGUCUCAUCUUCUUGGGGAAAACCUGAAAAGUCCACACCCCAGGCUCAGAAGAGGGUCCCUCAGACACUAUCUAGAGGGUGGGGAGACCAGCUAAUCUGGUGUCAGACCUAUGAAGAAGCACUGUACAAAUCCCAUGCCAGUAACAAGCCCCUAAUGGUCAUCUUUCACCUGGAUGAUUGUCCCCACAGCCAGGCUCUUAAGCAGGUGUUUGCCAACAACAAAGAAAUUCAGAAAAUGGCAGAUGAGGACUUCAUCCUUUUGAACCUUGUGUUUGAAACUGUAGAUCAGCAUCUCUAUCCUGAUGGCCAGUAUGUCCCCAGGAUCAUUUUUGUUGACCCUUCUCUCACUGUAAGAGCUGAUAUCACAGGAAGAUAUUCAAACCGUAUGUACGCAUAUGAACCGACUGACAUAAAACAAGUGUUUGCCAAUAUGCAAGCAGCCAAGAAGCUGCUUAAGACAGAGCUGUGAAGCAAAAGCACUGGACUGUCAUAUUUUCAUGUAGGUCUUAUAACUGCAAUGUCAUCUUUCCUGUUAAAACCAAUUUUUAUAAAAAAUAUAUUUGUCUACAUUUGAGUCCUGUUAGUAUUAAAGCAACAUAUUCCCUGUUAAGAAAUGCUUUGAUAUUUAUUUGGGCUGUGCACCUGUACAUAAAAACUGGUUAUUUAUGUAUUUGUACCAUGGUGGUAUGUAUGUUCAAGAGAUUCAUUUGCAGUCUGAAGUAACAGAAAUAAAUUUUGACUUUCUAUCACAAACACAA